UAUGCCCGGAGCCGAGGCGCGAUGAAGGAGAAGUCCAAGAAUGCGGCCAAGACGAGGAGGGAGAAGGAAAAUGGCGAGUUUUAUGAGCUGGCCAAGCUGCUGCCGCUGCCGUCGGCCAUCACCUCGCAGCUGGACAAGGCGUCCAUCAUCCGGCUCACCACCAGCUACCUGAAGAUGCGCGCGGUCUUCCCCGAAGGUCUCGGAGACGCCUGGGGACAGCCGAGCCGCGCCGGGCCUCUGGACAGUGUCGCCAAGGAGCUGGGGUCGCACCUGCUGCAGACUUUGGACGGAUUUGUUUUUGUGGUAGCAUCCGAUGGCAAAAUCAUGUACAUAUCGGAAACAGCUUCCGUACAUCUCGGCUUGUCCCAGGUGGAGCUCACGGGCAACAGCAUUUACGAGUACAUCCACCCUUCGGACCACGACGAGAUGACGGCUGUCCUUGCGGCCCACCAGCCUCUCCACCACCACCUGCUCCAAGAGUACGAGAUCGAGAGGUCGUUCUUCCUCCGAAUGAAGUGUGUGCUGGCGAAGAGGAACGCGGGCCUGACCUGCAGCGGCUACAAGGUCAUCCACUGCAGCGGCUACUUGAAGAUCAGGCAGUACAUGCUGGACAUGUCCCUGUACGACUCCUGCUACCAGAUCGUGGGGCUGGUGGCCGUGGGCCAGUCGCUGCCGCCCAGCGCCAUCACCGAGAUCAAGCUGCACAGCAACAUGUUCAUGUUCAGGGCCAGCCUGGACCUGAAGCUGAUCUUCCUGGACUCCAGGGUGACGGAGCUGACCGGGUACGAGCCGCAGGACCUGAUCGAGAAGACCCUGUACCACCACGUGCACGGCUGCGACGCCUUCCACCUGCGCUACGCGCACCACCUCCUGCUGGUGAAGGGCCAGGUGACCACCAAGUACUACCGGCUGCUGUCCAAGCUGGGCGGCUGGGUGUGGGUGCAGAGCUACGCCACCGUGGUGCACAACAGCCGCUCCUCCCGGCCCCACUGCAUCGUGAGUGUCAAUUAUGUGCUCACGGACAUCGAAUACAAGGAGCUGCAGCUGUCCCUGGACCAGGUGUCCACGUCCAAGUCCCAGGACUCCUGGAGGACUGCCUUGUCUACCUCACAAGAAACCAGGAAGUUGGCGAAACCCAAAAGCACGAAGAUGAAGACAAAGCUGAGAACAAACCCUUACCCCCCGCAGCACUACAGCCCGUUCCCGAUGGACAAACUGGAGUGCGGCCAGCUCGGCAGCUGGAGAGCCAGCCCCCCGGCGGACGCGGCGGCGGCCCCCCCGGAGCAGCAGCUCCACGCGGAGGGCGGCGACCUGCUGUACGCCCCGCCCUACAGCCUGCCCUUCUCCUACCAUUACGGACACUUCCCCCUGGACUCGCACGUGUUCAGCGGCAAGAAGCCGAUGCUGCCGGCCAAGUUCGGGCAGCCCCAAGGGUCCCCGUGCGAGGUGGCGCGCUUCUUCCUGAGCACGCUGCCCGCCGGCGGCGAGUGCCAGUGGCACUAUGCCAACCCCCUAGUGCCUGGCAGCCCGUCUCCUGCGAAGAACCUCUCCGAGCCACCGGCGAGCUCGGCCCGGCACAGCCUCACGCCGAACUACGAAGCGCCUGCCACCGCCGCCGCUCGCAGGUUCGGCGAGGACACCGCGCCGCCGAGCUUCCCGAGCUGCGGCCACUACCGCGAGGAGCCCGCGCUGGCCCCGGCCAAGGCCGCCCGCCAGGCCCCCCGGGAAGGGGCGCGGCUGGCGCUGGCCCGCGCGGCGCCCGAGUGCUGCGCGCCGCCGGUCCCCGAGCCCCCGGGCGCGCCGGCGCAGCUGCCCUUCGUGCUGCUCAACUACCACCGCGUGCUGGCCCGGCGCGGGCCGCUGGGGGGCGCUGCGCCCGCCCCGCCCGCCCUCGCCGGCGUCCCCGAGGCGGCGCCGGGCGCGCUGCGGCCCCGGCCCCCGGGCCCCGGCCCCGCCGCCUCCUCCCCGCCCGGCGCGCCCCUGCCGCACUACCUGGGCGCCUCGGUCAUCAUCACCCACGGCAGGUGACCCGGCCUGGCCGGACCGCGGCGUCCUGGGGCCGCCCGCAGUGAGAAGCCAUAGGCCAGGCCUCCUGGGCUCCGGUCUCACGACGUCCAGCCGAGUUCAGAGGGGCGAGCUGCAUAGGCACGAUUUAAAUUAAUUUAUACAGAGACGACUAUUUUAAUAGAACUCCGCAGCCGACUUUUAGAUUUUUACCGCAGAUGCCACAAAGGCCGGUGUGGAGGACUGAGGCCCGCCCGAGAGGCGGCUGCCCCAGCUUUGUUCUCCAAGGAACAGGCGCUUUCCUGCAGGGCAGAGCUGGGCCGUCCCACGUGGGACCUCAAACUACCUGGGUUUGGGGGUGCUUGGUUUCCUCACCUCGAUGUCAGGCUGGGGGCCCUGUCUUGUCGCAGACACUCACUGGCCCCAGUGGAGGAACGAAGGAGUCUGGGCUCCGCAAAUGGCCUCCACUUUUGAGGAAGGGAGCACCCUGACAUGGGCAGAUACUCGGGUGGGGGCUGGGGGCCCACUCCCUGUAUUCAGAGCCCUCGCCACGUCUUAGGUCCAGGCAGAAGGUGGUUCUUCCAAGUCCCAUGAACAGACAAACCUUCUGUCUUUAAAAGUCAUGCGUGAGUCUCCUUAAACAUUGUUUUAAUUUAAGUCUUUAAUACACCAAUCAGCAAGCUGAGACCAAUGGGGCAAGCAUGCUUCUUGAGUACCUUCAAAAGCUCUUCCUCCUAACCAAGAAUAGCACCUUCAGAAUCCUGAAUAAGCAUUAAAUGCCAAAAGUAUAUAUAAAUGUAUGUGUGUGUAUAGCCAGAUAUUUUAUGAGACGGACAUGUGGACGAUUUAGGUGCCCGAUGCAAUUGGCUACUCUUGUCAAGCCUGAGUACGAGGCGACGUCCCCCUGGCCCACACAGACCUGCAGGUCCCCAGGCUCAAGGUCGCUGCCAGUAGUGCUGACACAGCUCAAGUGCAUGUGCAAUAUGGGGUGUUGUUGUCCGUGGGCCCCGCUGCGUGGGAGAAAGCGUGCCCAGGGGAUGUCACGGAAGUGACGUGUACAUUGUCUUCAGCAAAGCUCCACACGAACGUGUCGUCACGGGGAGACACAAAUCUUUCACAAAGCACCAGCAGUGUUUUCCAAAUUUUUGUUUAAUUUUUAUGUUUUUUACCCCAAGAUUUGACGGUUUGAAAGUCGUAUCUUGACUCUGAAGGGGAUCAAGGCUUUGAUCCCCCAACGUUCAGUUUCCUCCGCACUGUCAACAGUCCACUUCGCUGAUUUUUCAAAAACGAUUUACUUUCAGGCAACACCAUCUUUCUGCGUGAAAAAGUUUUUCACGUGCCUCUAACUCACUGUUCUGCCAUCGACGUGCCCCUUCGUGGGCUGUCUGCAGAAAUGUGACGGUCUGUCGCCAGCCCAGCAUCCCUGUGACCACCCAAGUCCUUCCCUAGCAGGUAUCCACUGCCCUACGGUGUGAAAUGGAAUUGGCAAAUUUAGGAGCACCUUGGGUGCAGCCAGGAGGCCGGGUCACAUGAAUGGACCGUUCGCCUCUAACUGCACCUAGCUGUCCCUCAUUCGCAGCCCUUGGGGUGUGUGGGGGGGCGAGGGGUGCACAUAAAAUGAGCCUGAGGGAUUACGUCGAUGCUCACGAGUCUCAUGGUUGAACCGCAAUUCCCCAAAGGCGCAGGUGUGAGGGGCAGGAGGCAUAUCGGCUGACAUUUUUCAAUAAAGUACAGCAAAAUGUU